CUGAGUCCGGGUUACCAAUUCUGGGACAAAAGGAAAAGUUUCUCUUAUCCUCUCGGAGCAAUAAGUGACUCAAGUAUCUUAGUCAUAGUAAGUGUGAUCUGGGGAAUCAUUGUUUAAACCUUCCGUAGUGACCCAUGGGUGAAGAUGGCAUAGAAGAGGAAAAGGAAGUAGCAUCUUGUGAUGAAUAUGCAACGUUGCCCCACUUGCUUAACUGUCUAAUUCCUGUAGCUGAAGUCAGUACCUUGAUAUGUUUACGUUUUUAUUGUUGGCCUCGUCCACAGGAGUGCACACUAGCUCCCCGAAAGCAGGGUCUUUUCUUUCCCAUCUACCGCUGAAUCUCGCCCCUAGCAACAUGCCCCAAACACAGAGGAGGUGCUCAGUGACUAUUAUUGGAAUAAACGGACGCACGAGUACCCAAGCCACACUGCCGACCCCACGACAGCGGCCCAAAAGUGGCGAAGAGACCUCCCACGCUGCCUCUAUGGGACCCACACGCGGAGGCCUCUGGGAAGUGUAGUCGGCCGCUGCCCGGGAGUUGCGGGAGUGAGCCUCCGCGUGCGCAAGCGCACUUCCGUCUCUGCCCCGCCGCUGCGGCCAUUGUCCGGCCCCAGUGCGGCUAAGGCCGCUUUGGGCCGUCCCACCGCACAUCAGCAUUGGAGAGGACGGACCCUGCAGCAGGUGUAGGAGGAGCUGGCCCGAGCCCUGCGUGGCCCCGAGGUCGUGAAAUCCGGGGUCCCCAGGAAGCGCCCCAGUCUGGAAGCCGACCCCGGCGUGGCAGGCAUGGCUCCGAGGCCUCCGAUGGCCGCGCCCCAGGAAUCCGUGACAUUCAAAGAUGUGGCUGUGGACUUCACCCAGGAAGAAUGGCACCACGUGGACCCUGCUCAGAGGCGCUUGUACAGGGAUGUGAUGCUGGAGAACUAUAGCCACCUGGUUUCUCUUGGAUAUCAAGUUUCCAAGCCAGAGGUGAUCUUCAAAUUGGAACAAGGAGAAGAGCCAUGGAUAUCAGAGGGAGAAAUCCAAAGACCUUUCUGUCCAGACUGGAAGACCAGGCCUGAAGGCAAAUCAUCACAUCUACAGCAGAGUGUAUCUGAAGGAUCCCGUAGUGCAGAUGGCCUUUCACGUGCCACAUUCGAAAACACUUGGGAUGUUAGUAGCCAGUUAGAAAGACACCAGGAAAACUGGAAAAGAUAUCUGGGGCCAGAUGCAUCCACCCAGAAGAAAACAAUCACACCAGAGGAAAAUUUUCAGCAAAAUAAAUUUGGUGAAAACCCCAGAUUGAACACAGUUCUGGUUACACAACUGAAUGUUCCUUCAAGGCCUAGUGAAUGUGAUACACUUGGAAGCAAUUUGGGACAGAAUUCAGAUAUAAUUAAUCAGAGUAAUAUCCUUGCAAAAAAGAAACCUUAUAAAUGUGAUAAAUGUAGAAAAGCCUUUAUUCAUAGAUCAUCACUUACUAAACACGAGAAAACUCAUAAAGGAGAGGGAGCUUGCCCCAAUGGUACAGAUCAGGGAAUUUAUCCUGGAAAGAAACACCAUGAAUGUACUGACUGUGGAAAAACCUUCCUCUGGAAGACACAACUUACUGAGCAUCAGAGAAUUCACACUGGGGAGAAGCCCUUUGAAUGUAAUGUGUGUGGGAAGGCCUUCAGGCAUAGCUCAUCGCUUGGCCAGCAUGAGAACGCUCAUACCGGAGAGAAACCUUAUCAGUGUAGUCUCUGUGGGAAAGCCUUCCAGCGCAGCUCCUCCCUUGUUCAACACCAGAGAAUUCACACUGGAGAGAAACCCUAUCGAUGCAAUUUAUGUGGGAGAUCUUUUAGGCAUGGCACAUCCCUCACUCAACAUGAGGUGACACAUAGUGGAGAGAAACCCUUCCAAUGUAAGGAGUGUGGGAAAGCCUUUAGUAGAUGUUCUUCUCUUGUCCAGCAUGAAAGGACUCAUACGGGAGAGAAACCUUUUGAAUGUAGCAUAUGUGGGAGGGCUUUUGGUCAGAGCCCGUCCCUUUAUAAGCAUAUGAGGAUUCAUAAGAGAGGCAAACCUUACCAAAGCAAUAACUACAGUGUAGAUUUCAAGCACAGCUCAUCUCUUACUCAAGAUGAAAGCACUGUCAAUGAAGUGAAAUCCUAUCAUUGUAAUGAUUGUGGGGAAGACUUCAGUCACAUCACUGACUUUACUGAUCAUCAGAGGAUCCAUACCGGACAGAACCCCUAUGAAUGUGAGCAGAACUUUAAUCAACAACCUGUUUCUCAUCCUGGAGAGAAACCCUAUCAGUGUAAUGUAUGUGGAAAAGCUUUCAAAAGGAGUACAAGCUUCAUAGAACAUCACAGAAUUCAUACUGGAGAAAAACCCUAUGAAUGUAAUGAAUGUGGAGAAGCCUUCAGUCGACGUUCAUCACUUACUCAACAUGAGAGGACCCACACUGGAGAGAAACCCUAUGAAUGUAUUGACUGUGGGAAAGCCUUCAGUCAAAGUUCAUCCCUAAUUCAGCAUGAGAGAACUCAUACCGGAGAAAAACCCUAUGAAUGUAAUGAAUGUGGGCGAGCCUUUCGAAAGAAAACCAAUCUGCAUGAUCAUCAGAGAAUUCAUACUGGAGAAAAACCCUAUGCUUGUAAGGAAUGCGGGAAAAACUUCAGUAGAAGCUCAGCGCUAACUAAACAUCAGAGAAUUCAUACACGAAAUAAACUGUAGAAACCCUGAAAUUAAGGAAUGUGCAGAAAAUUUUAGCUAAAAUAUUGUUCAUAUUCAGUAUCAGAAGAUUCUUAAUGGAGAGGAAGCUUGAGAAUGUAAUGAAUUUGUGUGUGUGUGUGUGUGUGUGUGUGUGUGUGGUGUGAGAAGAAAGCUCUAUGCUAGUAGACCAUGUUUUUUAAUAAAUAGAAGCUACAUUCUCAAAUCUGAUUACAGACUUUUGUAAAAACAACUACAAACAUCAUAUAUAACCAGUUGGAAAUGAUAUGCCUAUGUAUUGGACUUUAUAAAGCUUUUAAAUACAGUCAUGCAGGAGAUCAUCAACUUUGAACAGUUUGACUUGUCACUCUGUUUACAGCCUUUUUUAAUAAAUAAAACUCCUGCAGUAAUGACCAAAACUUACUUUUAAAAUUGCUUGACAACUGCAUUCAUCUGCAGCUUUUAACUUAAAUUCACCAUGGAAACCAAUUCCACCCCCAGGAAUUCAUCAUUCAAAGGAUGAGAUCAACUGGUUCAACCACUUCGUUGUACAGAUGAAGAAACCAAAAGCCAAAGAUGUGAAGUGGUUUGCACCGUGUGAUAGAGCUUAUGAUGGCAAAGCUGGGUGGAGAAUGCAGAUCUCCUGGAUCUUUUGCCCUUUCCAAAAAAAAAAAAAAGAUUCUUUUGCCUGGAUCUUUCAGUGGUCUGUCCACUGAAAAGGUAUUUUGGAAUUCAGAGGGCUUUAAAGUAAAUUUUGAAAUAAAUCAGAUGCACAAACAUUUGAUGAGCACUCAAGUUGGGUACUUUGGGAAUUCAUAAAAGCGUAAGAGACAACAAAAUCCAUGCACAUUUGUCACGGGCCUAUUUUAAACAACUUGUUGGGGGCUUACAUACCAAAAUGUUAACAAAAGCUGUGAAUAGUUCAACUACUAGUGACUUUUUGCCUUUUCCCAAGUGUAAUAUUUAUACUUUAAACUAACAUAUGUCAGUUUCAUAAACCUAUUAAAUUCUCUUAUUGUGUUUUUUAUGACACUCCCAUGAAAAAUCACUGCUCCGAGCUUCCUAUAUUGGAUCAAUGGGAAAACAACACAAGACUAACAUGGAAAAUUUUCUCCAAAUUAAUUUUACUGUGGAGAAGUAUAAAUGUAAUUACCCAUUGUCAUAAAAUUUGUCUUUAAAUCAGUUUAGGGAAUCCAUGUAAUGACCUUUACUUUUUUUAGUUCAGUGCUGCUCUUCUGUCCGUAAAGCCUAAGUUAAGCUUCCAUAGCCCACUCCAAUCCCUAAUGUUCUCUCAUGCCUCCCAUGGGCUAUCCCAAAGGAAUUUCCUAAACCUUUGUUUGUUCAUGGUGCCAACAGUGGAGAGAAAUUUGGAAGCAAGUGUGCACUUUGACCCCUUUCACACAAGAGCCUCUCCCCCUUUAAGAUAAUAAAAAUUUCCCACUCUGAUGAAUCAUGAGAUGGAGUUAUAUGGGUAGUGGCGAUGGUAAGCCUUCCUUACUGCCUUCUUUGCAUGCCAAGUAGCAGGAUCCAUCAUCCUUGUCUCAUCCUGGACCACAUGAGGUAGCUCCCAAUGAUUCUUCAUAAUUCUUUGCAGGAAAAAUGUGCGUGGGGGCUGAAAUGUGUGGUGUCCAGCCCAAUAAGUGGAACAAGAUGAGAAUCUGCUCUUCCAAGACAUUAACUGUUCAAAAACACCUUGUUUGUGAUGUUCCAUACUUAAACACACACACACAGUGCCAAGACCACGUGUUGUCUGAUACGUAGUUUGACAAUGGGUAAUUCUGCAUAGACCCUCCACUACUGAGUGGCUACCAUUCUUAUCAGGAGCUUAUUUGCUGCCGAUUGGGGAUCCUCAUAGAGGACUGUUUGCAAGAAUGACAUAAAUUGUAACCAGUUGAGUGCUAUCCUAGCUCUAUGAAAGUUUAUAAAGACUUGGUUCCAGAAGACUCAAAGAAAACCACUGGUUUGUGUGUGGAGCUUGGCCUAGAUCAACCAGUGUCUGAAUAUCAGCACAUCUUCAUUCAUAGUGAAGGAGCCCAGAAUGUUCAUGGUAUGCGUGGUUGAUUGAGCAGAGGAUUCUCUAGUUCCAGCAACCAGGCACCAUGCACUUACAAACACCCAACUUUUUAGGCCACAUGAAAUACAUCCUUGUAACAUCAUUGUAUUAUUUCAAUAAAUAGCCUUCUUAGUUGAAUGGGA